AUGAAUGGUUCGAUUCAACAACAGAAUCAAUCCUUAAUCGCUGCUGCGUUUACUGCAGCUUCUGGUGCACAUAUUGUCACCCAACACGAAUAUCAAAUGGCGCAGGCCAAGUUCAUUAAUGCAAACCAAUCUCAAUCUCAUGGAUUCUACGAAGCAAACGUUUAUACCUCUCAUUUAGUCACGGGUUCAGUACCUAAUUUAGAUAUCCGCUAUUCAGAAAUACGAUCUGGUACUGAAGAGAUAAUAAUACAAACAGCCGCAACCGGAGAAAACCCCGAAGAUUCUUCCCAUGAACAAUUUAUCACAAUCUACAUUUCACUCGGUUCCACUAUUCAAGAGUUGAAAUCCAUUAUUCGCGUUCGCAAAUCUAUUCCGACCACUUCGCAAGUUGAACUUCUCUAUCUGGGUCAAAUCCUUCUUGAUCACCAUCCACUCUCUAAAUAUAUCGUCGAAUACACGCAGGGUCCGCGAUCACUUCUGAGUUCACACAAUUUCACCGAGAACACUGCUCCGAUUAUAAAAAUGCGCGUUCUAAAAUCCCCUUCCGAGCUUUCCACGGGUUACAUCAAUUCAUCUCAUUUACAACCCGAGCACGAUCGUGACUUUACGGCCAUCAGCAAGGAUAAAAAAAAAUUUUUCAGAGGAGGAAAGAGAUAUCGACAACCAUUGGGUUGGAAACGAUAUGCAUUAAAAGUGGUCGACGAGUAUGAAGAUUUUCCUAGCGAAGACAAAUUCGAGGGAAACAACAAUAGCUUAAAAAAUAAAUGGCUGGGAAGAGAGGAUCAAAGAUCCAAGAAGCACAUCUCUCAAGACGAUGAAUGGGUAGUAGCAUAUCACGGAGUCGGUCAGUAUAAAGGCGAAAGUAUGGCAGAUGCGGGGUACAGAAUUGCCUCCAAGAAGCAGUCUAAUCAAAAAGUAAAUUCUAACACCAGAUCGAUAAGAUUAUUGGCAGAUAAACUAAACACACUAAGUCGCAUCAUAUCCUCAUUAAAUGCAGAGCAAUUAUGGUUUUCAAGAGGGGUUUAUACAACUCCAAAAAUCGAAUUGGCUGAAAAAUAUGCAACAAAAUUUACGCACAGAGGGGAAAAAUAUAUGGUAUUGUUUCAGAGUAGAGUUCGGCCGGAAACAUUCAAGAAGGUGGGAGGUGGAUUUUGUGUUUCGCCGGUAAUAGAGGAUGUUAGAACUUAUGGGAUUUUGAUUAAGAAG